AUGAGCGGAAGCAACAUGGGGUAUUACGACGUACUGGCAGGGCUCGCAGCACUCGAAAAGUCGCCGCAGGUGGUGUUCACUGCGGCUGAGCUGCAACAGCUCACACAGCGGUCCAGCGCUGACGACGAUAGCGCCAAGAAGAGAGAGAAUACCAGUGGGAAAGUAUCUAAACCAAAGAGAGUGGGCAUGCAUGGGUAUUUGGGCGGGAAGGUGUCGCUCGCCGAUGCAGCGCAGGUGGAAUAUGAGGUGGGCCACUCGCUGCUCGGCAGCUACGUGCCGAAGCAGCAGCUGGAGGCCCUCUCCAGCGUCGACUUUGCCCACCACUUCCACCGCACGUUGGAGUGCAAGACCGCCCUGGAGACGCACGACGUUUUUCUUGCUGGCGCAGGCCAGCUGUCGCUGCCCUUCCAAUCGCCCAUGGACAGUCCCAGCGACAGCGAUCUCAAAAGGAAAAGGAAAGUGAUGAUAUGCAAACGGUGCCAAUUGCGGUUUGUGGGCCCUCAUAGACGGUCCCGGCUGAGAGAGCAUGCCUGUGGAGACCAAGCCAGUUAA